UCACUUCUCUUGGUGCUCCUCUUUCAAACCGCACCCUCGAGCUGUGAUUCAGCAAAUUCCCAGAGCAACCCUGCUCUGAAACCCAGGUUCCUCCUCGUCCUCUCUUGCUGGGGGUGGAUUUCCCCUGCAGAAACCAAUGAACAAAAAGCUCUCUUUUUUUUCCUGUACGUAAUGAAGAGGAAAGUUGCUCCACCAUCUCUCCACCUCUUCCUGCAUGAGAUUGGUACUCUUUUGCACCAAUCACUUCAGGUUGCAAAUGCAGAUGGAAGUGAGCGGCAGCGGAGCUGGGAUACAGAAACUGUUCUUUCAGGCAGCGCUCCCUGGCUGUGCUCCACGCAUAAGUAAGAGCUCUCACCGCACUUCAGCUAGGAAGAGAAGGAAAAGCAACCUGCCUGUGUCUGUCUUAACAAACCUCUGGUGCUUUCUGGGAGAGGCAAGACUGUGUACUCUGAUACUAACUGACAUUAACUGACACUUGCCUUUUUUUUGGCUGUAAUUGUCCUGCCGCGGUUGAGGCAGCAUCUUGAUGGGGAAGCUGAUCUCCAAAGGCAGUCGCAAAAGAGAUGCUCGAGUUGUCAUGCUGGGGCUCGACUUUGCUGGCAAAUCCACCCUUCUAUACAAACUGAAGAGCAGCCAGGCUGUGGAGACCUGCCCAACAGUGGGCUUCAACGUGGAGUCUCUGCAAACACCCUGUGGCAUAUCCUUCAACCUCUGGGAUGUUGGCGGACAAGUUAGCCUGCGGGCAAGCUGGCCUGACUACCUGGAAGACAUCAGCAUCCUCAUCUUUGUACUCGACAGUGCAGACAUCGCCCGAUUGCCUGAGGCGAUGGCAGCACUGGAGGAAGCCCUCAGCCACCCCAGCAUGGCUGGCGUCCCUGUCCUGCUGCUGGCCAACAAGCAGGAGAUUCCAGGAGCAAUGUCUCCCACGGAGCUGGGGGAGAGGCUGCAGCAGAGGCGGCUGGGGGAGCACCGGUGGAUGCUCCAGGGGUGCAGCGCUCAUACUGGCCAGGGACUGCAGGAAGCCCUGGCUAGCCUGGGAGAGCUGCUGCGAGAUUUAGAGCAGAGCUCUCCAUCCCAAGAGCAGCCCCUCGCAGGGUCAGCAAGGAGGAUGGAAGCUUCAGAGGAAGCCCAAACCUGAAAUGGAUCAUCUCAGCCUCCAGGUACCCCAGAAAACAAACAGAUGUGCACCAGGCAUGUGCCACAAAACACCCAGCCAUUCAUCACCAAAACCCAUCAGGAAGACCUCCGAGCAGAACUCCCACCCUGGAGCAUAUUCAGCCCCAUCUCUUGGACUGCAGCUUGUCUCGCUGUCACCAGGCUCUGCUCAUCCAUUGCACAUGUGUCCAGUGCUUCAGCGGGGAUGCUUUUUGCCAGAGCAAGAUAGAUUCUACCAGAGAUGUGCACAAGGGACAGAGGAGGCUUUCAUCUUUCUGUGGAGGCUAGCCCAGAUGCAGCUGUCCUGAUGAAGUGAUCCCCACAGCGAGGUGUUUGAACAUGCCCUGUAUCGCUUCUCUCCAGUGUUUAUCAGCUGAAAAGGCAGCAGCUGCUAAAUGAUAAUGGCUGAACUGCAGCAGCGUAAGUGCAGAACUCUAUAAACACUCAACAGCUCAUUGGUUACGCUUUGGCAUCUAUGAGUAUAAUCUUCAAACCAGUUAGGCUUUGAUGGUGUAAUCUGGUUUCAAGCAUGGUUAUAUAUUUAUUUCUGCAUUUCUUGGUUUGGAUCUUUCUUUUCCAUUCAUUGUUUUUAUCAAAUACUGAGUUCAUGAAAAGAAUACCUAAUUCUCCUUGGAUGAUAUUUAAAUAUAAAGAAACAAGACCUGAGUUCCAGAUGCUUGGAAACA